CCUCAUCACCUCAAAACCUCUCAAACCCCACCGGUCCACCACUCUCCAGACCAGCAACAGGACGAGAGACAGGCGCCAUGGCCACCCGCGACGUCUCCACCUCAGCCGCCGCCAUGUUCCACAUCUACCAGCCCUUGCCGGUCCCGUCCACGGCGGCCCCGGCCGCAGCGGCAGCCGACGGCGCCGUGGUGGUCCCCGCGACGCCGGGCAAGAAGGCGGCGCAGGGCGGCAAGGACCGGCACAGCAAGGUGAACGGGCGCGGGCGGCGCGUGCGCAUGCCGAUCGUGUGCGCGGCGCGCGUGUUCCAGCUCACUCGCGAGCUCGGGCUCAAGUCCGACGGCCAGACCAUCGAGUGGCUGCUCCGCCAGGCCGAGCCCUCCAUCCUCGCCGCCACGGGAUCCGGCACCACCCCGGCCGUCUUCGUCUCCUCGUCCGCGCCGUCCACCUCCUCCUCCCACUACCAGCAGACCAUCCUCGGCAAGCGCCCGCGCGAGGAAGGCGACGCCGCCAUCGGCACCGCGGCGGCGGCCGCGGCAGCUUCCGCGUUCUGGGCGGCACUGCCGGCGCCGCGGACGGAGGCCUGGGGCUUCUCGCCGUUGGAGGCACAGGCGGCGGCGGCGUACGUGCCAAUGGCGCAAGCCCACCACCACCACCUCAACCUUCUCGCCGCGCUCUCCGGCGCCGCCAGGCGCGCCGAGGAGGAGUCCCGGUGACUCCACGGCUCCUGACACGUUCUACAUGCGUCACUCGUUCAUUGAUUUCCGUGUGUUCUACUUCUUGGCAGUGUUCUUGAUUCGCUUGUUCCUCUCUUCCGGUCAAUCGCUAGUGUGUUGUUUCCAAGAUUCGAUGAAGAUUGUUGUGGGUGCCUAGUGCUAAAUGUAAAUACGAUCAGAUCCUACAUUCCAGUAGCAUGCGUUAGAGUUUGCCGUCAGUUUAGGUUUCCUGUGUUCUUUUCUUGAUUCCGUGGAACCUGUUCCAGUUAGCAUCUUUGUCUGUAUCGAUCAGCUCAAGUCAUUUAGUAACAAAAGUUCAAAGCUGCUCUUCUUUUGUGGGUCA